AUGAAAAAUAGAGCAUAUCAUGAGGGAAUCAAACGUUUUCCCUACGAAGCAAUAUUUGGUUGUCCAAUAAAAAUGGGCCUUGCAGCUUCAGCAAUCCCUGGUGAUAUGGUUAAAGUUAUAAGAUCUGAAGAAGAUUUAGAGAAGUUGUUUCAUUUGCAUGACAAUACGGAACAAAAUAAUGACAUCGAAAAUGAAAUCGAACAGGACAAGGAAGAAAGCAUUGUUGAAAAUGAGUCAGAAGGGAAUAUAGACAAUAGCACUGUCAACGAUAAAACACAAGAAGAUGAAAUGAUUAUUACUGAGAUGAUGAAGGCGAAGCAAAUAACCGAUGAUUCCAAUGUAACGAUUCAGAAAUCUGUAGUGAAUAUAAGAAACAAUGCAAAAUUGAGUUUGGAGAAACAAGCUGAAAAAAUGAAAGCCAUGUCUGUUGAUAAAUAUCGAAAUAUGAAAAUUGGCCAAAAUGGAAGACUAAAAGUGCCUGAAAUUGACAAAAUUAAAACCGACCCGAAAAGCAUUAUUGCAGUUGUAAUAGAUGUAAAGGACAACGAGUUUUACCAACUAGGUACCAAAAUUGGAGUGCUAAAGCAGCUUUAUACACAAAGUCAAUUUACUUCAUGCCCUGAAGACUUUAUCAAGAUAGAAGUUGUUAUAGGUAAAGAAGUGAGUCUUCGAGAAGUUGUCGCAAAAUUGUCUUUGACCGGAGGACAAGGUUUCAAGAAGUGCAACUGCUUUAAAAAAUGCCUAACGAAGAAGUGCGCUUGCAAGUCAUCAGGAUUACUUUGUAAUUCUAAAUGCCAUGAUAGCUCUCCAUGUUGUAACAAGUAA